AUGCCUUACUCGCACAGCGCAAAGCAGACGCGUGCUGAAACGGGGCGUGCUGCACUUGCCACAACAUCGCUCUCGUUCUCGUAUCGAAGGCGCGAAUGCAGCCGUCCUGCGAGCCCGUAUAAAGCACGUGCUCCCCAUCCGAGCACGCACUCGAAACUCUGGACGGAUGCGACGGAACACAGAGUGCGAACGAUGAACGGUGGUGCACUUCAAGGAUCUUGCCGACGACGAGAGACGCGGCAAGCUCUCCACUGCGCACGUCAAACACACCGAGACACUUCGAGGACGCGACGAACACCGAGCUAG